GUCUCUGUCCGGGCUAAUUUCCCUCACAGCACACUGUAUGGCGGAGCCGCAUAGGCCGUAGCGCCGCUGUCCGAGCAAAAUUCCCUCAUAGCACACUGUAUGGCGUAUGCCCGUCUUCGGUGUAAUAAAGUAGGACGUUACACCCCAUUCCAUUUUAUUUUAAUAUUUAGUAAAACCACCUUUAGAGUUAUUGGACUUGAUUACUCUCUCAAAGGCGGGUCCAGGAAUUUUUGCACGAGGGGGCUUGCCAGGUUUCUGUUAAGGAAAUUUGACAGUUGACAAUGCAUGAUGUCAUCAUCGUCUCCAAAUUACGUACGCAUACAUACACACCGAACUUUUUAAAGAGAGAAAUCCGACAUUCCGUUUGACGUCAAUUUUUAUUAUGCAUUAAUAGGAUCACAUUGUGAUUCAGUUUCAUUGAUGCUACGCAUUAAUUGUGAUAUCACAUAUGUCUAUAUCAUUAUCUCGUGCUUUGAAUGCCAAUCCCAUCCCACCAUCUGAUGAUAAAGGAUAAAGCACACAACCGUUACAAUUUUUUUUUAUUUAGAGCAAGGGUGGGACCCCCCUAUGCACACACCACCCCCUAGAUCCGCCCUUACUUCUAAAGUCUAUUGGAAAUCAUCCAGCCCCAUGACAACAGGAACAUUAUUUCACAUUUUUAUUGUUGUUGAUAUUGAUAUUAGUAUUUUUUAAGUUUGUACAACAGCCGGUGUCAUACGUUCAUGUUCAUAUACAGAAGUUAAUAAGUUUAUCGGCAGUAUAGGCCUACACGUGGAUUGUCUCGUUUUAUUUGUCUUUCGGGUAUUCGUAAAGAUUAGUUUUGAUGGCGAGCCUUUAGUUACAUGUGAUGAGUAAUUCAAAACAAUAAUGGACCAAAUAUGACUGCGUAAAGUACGACACGAGUUUGAUUCACUGUUUGAAAGGCCUCUAAACCGGCUUAUAUUACUUAUUGGAAAACUAAUUAUGACCUGUCCUGUGAAGGCCAUUUUUAGACUGUAACACGUGUGACUUGGAAUACUGUUCGAGAAACUGAUUCCGUGACGCGGCCAACACUAUGCAUAGGUAUAUUAAACACUGUUCGAUUAUCGGCCUUUGGUUUUUUGUACUCGCUUUUUGUUUAAAGUUUAUCCAUAUAAAUGAAAUCGAGGAUGGGCGACUUUAUUUGAUCUGCAGCAUUCUGCAGUUUCUGAUUUUGUUUCCGACAGUUUUAAAUGUGACAGGUCUGUUCGGAUUGCUCUUCGUCAACUGUUACCCAGAUAAACCGGUACUGAAAAGGUCCUCAAAAUACUUACCUUUUGAAACCUUCAUGUGCUUCCGUGUUGUAACUCGUGGACUCUAUCCGCAACUCGUUAAAACAAGUCUGCAGCGGAAUAUAGACAUAUGUAUAAAAUUAGGACUGUCGAAUUAUGUAUUUGAAGUAGUCACCGAUGAAUUCAUUGGAAUAAAAGAAAGUCUAAACGUGCGGGAAGUAGUUGUACCGGAGAAUUAUCAAACCAAACAUGGAUCUCGAUAUAAAGCACGUGCUUUACAAUAUUGUUUAGAAGAAGGAGUAAAUAUAUUGAGUGAUAAUGAUUGGAUAAUACAUUUAGAUGAAGAAACAUUAAUGACGGAACGCAGUUUAAUUGGUGUCAUUAAUUUUAUAAAUGACGGUCAAUAUGAAUUUGGUCAAGGUGUCAUUACCUACGCUAACGAGGAAAUUGUUUGUUGGAUAACGACAUUGGCCGAUUCUGUACGAGUUGGUAUUGAUUAUGGACUGAUACGAUUUACUUUAGGACAAUUACACCGUCCAAUUUUCAAUUGGAAGGGGUCAUUCAUUGUCGCCAAUGCCGGGGCAGAAAAAAGCGUCUCUUUUGAUUUUGGACUUGAAGGCAGCAUUACCGAAGAUUGUUAUUUCGGAAUGAAAGCCUGGGAAAUGGGAUACAGAUUUAACUUUAUCGAAGGCGAGAUGUGGGAGAAGAGUACUUUUUCAGUCAUGGAUUAUAUACGACAGCGAAGGCGGUGGUUUCUGGGAAUCUCAAAGGUGUUUUUAAGUAAUAAUAUAAAACUACCCUACAGGACAGGGUUAUUUUUUCUUUUAAUAAGUCAGUUAUCAGUGCCCUUUCUCACAGCGAGUGCCUUAACUGGUAUACCGAAGAACUCACAAUUGCGCAUCGUAUUUGUUGUUCAAACCGCAAUCUUCAUGUUCAUUUACAUAGUUGGUGUGAUGAAAUCCUUUCAACAUCACCGAUGUAGAUGGUGGCUACCUCUCUUCGCCUUUUUCAUAGCGUUCCCAAUGAGCGUAGUGUUAUCGGUGCUUGAAACUUCGGGUACAUAUUGGGCUAUUACCAGAUGGUCUCAAGUCGGCUUUCAUAUAGUCAACAAAAAUAUCUCACCGGUAAACAAUCGUGAAAUUAGAAUUACAUAAUUUGAUUAAAAUACAGAUCUUAUUUCGUUUCGUUUUUAUGGUUCAUAAUUUCGUUUUACUUUUCUUUACUACACUAGGAUCUGGAAGAGUUGUUGUCAUUGACGUGUUCUGAAUGAUGUGAGCUAUUAGCCAAUGAAACUGUCUGUUACGGCGAGCUUUAGGCGUGUUUUGCACGGAACUGUGGGUAAUCCACUAGUAACAUCAAUGCUGAUUGGUUAAUCAAAUGUCUGACGUCAUAGGUCAAUAUCCGCUCGUAUGACCUCUGACGCGACCUAUCGCUACAACCGGUCAGAUCUUCAUGUAGUAAACGAAACGAAAUGUAGAUCUGUAUUUGAAUCAGAUUGAGUGCCGACUGAAGUCUAGGGACUCGAGACUAAUUUCGGGGGGGGGGGGCAGGACAAAACGCACGAGGAUAUCACGUACAAGCUGGGAAAUGGAGAAACCACGCCACUUGACUCAAUGGCAUGCUUUAUGAUCCAACGCGCGCUCGUUAACCAUUCGGUCACCAACAAACCCCCAAACCCCGCCACCCCAAGCCUCGGAUGAGACGAAGUACCGAGGUCCCGUGUACACAUCGGCGGGCACGUAAAAGAUACUUUGACCGUUGGAUUUCGAUAUAAGAGUAGACCGUAUUGCCGCUGUGCUGGCAAAAUUUCAUGCCCGUAUUCAUUCGCCCCGUUGGAGCCGAACAGUAGGGCGUUAAACUCCCAUUUUAAUUUAUUUAUUUAUAUAAUUAUUUAGGUAGUUAGAUGUGCUUUUUUAUUAUUAUAGUUUCUACUUUUUAUAUCAUAUUAUGUUAGUUAAUGUUCCAUAAACAUCUAGUGAUGUUAAUCUAUGAUCCAUAAACAUAAUAUAUGUUUCAUAAACAUAUGUAUUCCAUAAAUCUUUAGUUAUAACAUUAAUCUAUGUUCCAUAAACCUCUAGUUAUAUUAUAUUACAUUCAUAUAAGUCCCAUAAACAUCUAAUUAUAUUGUAUUACAUAAAUAUAAGUUCCAUAAACCUCUAGUUAUAUUAUAUUACGUUAAUCUAUGUUCCAUAAACAUCUAGUUAUAUUAUAUUACAUUAAUCUAUGUUCCAUAAACAUCUAGUUAUAUUAUAUUACAUUAAUCUAUGUUCCAUAAACAUCUAGUUAUAUUAUAUUACAUUAAUCUAUGUUCCAUAAACCUCUAGUUAUAUUGUAUCCGUGUUCCAUAAACAUCUAGUUAGAUAGGGUUUAAUGGUCGAGAGCGAGACAUUAAGUAAUAUAUUGAUAUUGCAUGCGGCGUUAGACGAGUGUUGUUUCAAUAUAUUACGCAAUGACUUUAGCUCGAGUCCAUUAAACAACUUAAAAUACAGACACUAUCCCGCACGUGCUUUUCAAUGCAAUGCGCCACACGAGUCCAAUAUUUUAUCUAGUAUAGAUGAUGUACGAUUGGCAAGUUGCCCGUACAUUAUUGGAAAUAAUGGUACGCCAACACCAAAGGAUGACGUCACAUCUGUAUUUUAAAUAAUAUUAAAGAGCUAAAUCUGCCUACUGCAUGUAUUUUACUGACCUCAAAUAUUGUAUAUAUUAUUUACACUCUAGUGUAAUUAAAUUAUUUAUUAUUGUAGCAAUGGUAGUACUACUUCCGGCUAAAUGAUAGCACUACUUCCGGCUAAAUUAUAGCACUACUUCCGGCCAUAUUGUAGCACUACUUCCGGCUAAAUCGUAGCACUACUUCAGGCUAAAUUGUAGCACUACUUCAGGCUAAAUGGUAGUAUUACUUCAGGCUAAUUGGUAGUAUUACUUCAGGCUAAAUGGUAGUAUUACUUCAGGCUAAUUGGUAGUAUUACUUCAGGCUAAAUGGUAGCACUACUUCAGGCUAAUUGGUAGAACUACUUCAGGCUAAUUGUAGCAUUACUUGAGGCUAAAUUGUAGCAUUACUUCAGGCUAAAUUGUAGCACUACUUCAGGCUAAUUCUUAUCAACACUUCAAAUAUUCAUAACUUACCUCACAACAAAGUAAAUGUCACUAUAACUAUUAUAGCGAAAACUGUCAGCUCUUUUUCUAAAUCCUACAUAAUGCAUCUUUAAUCUGUGUUUCAUGAGAAUCUAUUUAUAUUUAAUUAUUUUUAUACGCCUACCUUUUAAUGUGGACGUAUUAUGUUGUCACCCCUGUCCGUCCGUCCACGAUUUGUUUGUGGACACUCUACAGGUCACAAUUUUUAUCCGAUUUUGAUGAAACUUGAAAUAUAGGUCUAUCUUCUAAAGAUAUCGGUUCCUUUCGAUAUUGGCAUGUAUCGGACCUUAACUUCAUGGAUUAUGGCCCCUGAUUGUACGAAAAAUCACUUUUUUUUAGCUUUUGGCCAUUGGCAUCUGAUAUGGAUGCAUGUUUAUAACCCACAGAGCUUGGUUCCUGUCGAUAUUCGCGCAUAUCGGAUCGUAACUUCCUGAAUUAUGGUCCUCGAUUGUACGAAAAAUCGCAUUUUUAGCUUGUGGUCCCUCUAAAGGGCACACUUAUUAUCUUAUUUAAAAAAAAGGUUUGAAUAUAUCACCGUAAUGUCGAUUGAUUUUGAUUUUCGUGAAAAUCGGACCAAAACUGACGGACAAAAUGGCUGCCCAACGUACGCAUAUAGUGCAAAAUAUAUGGUAUAUCAAGAUUGUGGGUCCACUAUAGAUGUCACAAUUUUCAUCCGAUUUUGAUGAAAGUUGAAAUACAUGUUUAUAACCCUAAGAUCUUGGUUCCUUUUGAUAUUCGUGCAUACCGGAUCGUAACGUCUUGAAUUAUUGCACUUGAUUGUACGCAAAAUGUGGACCUUAUAGAGGUCAUAAUUUUUAUCCAAUUUAUAAAAACGUUUGAAUAUAUCACCAUCACACCCUAAUGAUGGUUGAGUUCGAAUUUCGUGAAAAAGGGUUGUGGAUCCUUUAGAGGCCACAAUAUUGAUGAAACUUGAAAUGCAUGUUUAUAACCCAAAGAUCUUGGUUCCUGUCGAAAUUCGCGCAUAUCAGACUUUAACUUCCCGAAUUAUGGCCCCUGAUUGUACGAAAAAUCAUGUUUUUUUGCUUGUGGAUUCUGUAGAGGUCACAAUUUUUAAUUGAUUGUAAAAGUGUUUAAAUAUAUCACCAUUCCACCAUAAUGAAGGUUCAAUUUGAAUUUAGGGAAAAUCGAAACUAAACUGCCUGACAAAAUGGCUGCUCUUUCUACGCGAAUUGUGUAAAAGCAUGUAAUACGAAGGUUGUGGACCCUCUAGAGGUCACAAUUUUUACCCGAUUUUGAUGAAACGUAAAAUAUUUCAGACCAUACCUUUCUGGAUUAUGGACCCUGAUUAUAAGAAAAAACGCCUUUGUUUUUAGCUUGUUCUCUAUCCAUCUAUUGCAAAAUAUGGGCGUAUCUUGCCUGGAAAUGGCUGGGGUUUUUCAUGUUUCUGCCAAUUUAUUUCACUGGUACUUUCACAUAUUUGUGUAUUCUGUAUGUUGCUUAAUCACGUGUGUUAUAAAUUACAACCCAAUUCUCUGUUCAUUUAUUUAAACAAA